AUGAACUCUGAAGAAAAUUCGACUGAAGAAAGCACUGCUAAGCACCAGAGCAAGUACAUUCAGAAAGAAAACUAUGUUACUGCUUUAAAUUCAGAAGAGGUGCUCGGCACUCCAAUCUACACAGACAAAGCCCCUCAACUCCUAGACAAAACAAAUUCACUGGAAAAUCCUCAGGAACCUGCUGGAUCCUCCAGCAGUAAUAUUCAACCUAGCAAUUCAACCUCAGUCGUCUCUCAAAUUGUUUAUGUGCCUCUGGAGGAAAGAAAGUAUUUAAAUCAGUUUGGUGAGGGUAGACAAGCCAAAUUCUUUAUAGAUAUCAUGCACAGGACUGGUGCCAACCUGGAAGAAUUAACUUUUAUCAAAGACCAAGGUCUCUACAUUAUAGUCUCUGGUAAGCCAGAAACUGUUAAGAAAGCCCAGAAGGAGAUUUUUGCUUGGUUUCACGAACAAGAUUCAACCACCGUUUCCGCUUUCAAAGAACAAUGUUGCACUGUUAUAGGCAAGACUGGAGAAAAACUACAAAACUUGGAAGAAAACACGGCAACCAACAUCCAGAUUCUAUGCCCUGAUAACUAUCAAAACCGAAUCAAGAUUGCUGGCACCAAAGAGGGCAUAAAGAAAUAUCCACACGAAGUUUUUACGUCUGAGGAACAAGACAAGCAUGCUUCAGAGAGGCUAGAUAUGGAAAUGUUAUUUCAUCCUUCUGUUGCCAGGCCAUACAAUACAUCUGUUUACAAAGUCGUGCAGGAGGAAGAGGCACGCAUACGUAUUCCACCACCUAGUACCAAUCACACAGAGGUAAUGUUUACUGAAAAAAAGCAACAGCUAAAUCAGUCUGUGGCUCCUGUAAAGGAGAGUUUUGAGGAUACCAAAAAGAAAAAUAUAGCCACAGCUAUGGAGAUGAAAUUGCAGCACAAGUGUACUAUUGGGCCCAAGAUCAAUUCUGUGCAGGAAAUCCUGGAAAGAACUGGAGUUUCAAUCGAGAUUUCACCCUCGGAGAACAUGUCAGAUCCUGAGACACUCCAAGGUGAGCCUGAAAGUUCAGGGAAGGCAUUUACUAAAGUGUGUUCAAAGUCCAAGCGUUACACUGUUUCCUCAGUUUCUGCACCUUCCUGGAUUCACAGAUUUAUCAUUGGUAAAAAAGGUCAAAAUAUAGCCACAAUAACUGAGAAUAGGCCAAAAGUUUGUGUAGAAUUUACUGGAGAUGAUAAAAUUAUCAUAAAAGGACCUACAAAAGAUGUGAAUUAUAUUCGAGACAAAAUUGAGGUCAUAGUCAAAGACCUAAUUGACAGGAUGUAUUAUGAAGAGAUUAAUAUUGACUACAAGGUUCACAAAUAUCUGAUAGGGAAGAAUGGUGUCACCAUAAACCAGAUUAAAGAGAAGAAUAAAGUUUCUGUGCUAAUCUCACCCGAAAAUGCAAAGAAUAACUUGAUCAGAAUUGAAGGGGAAGCUUGGGGUGUCCAACAGGCCAAGAGAGAACUUCUGGAGCUUGCUGCUCAUGCGAAAAAUGAGCAGAGCAAAGACUUAAUUAUCGAGCAAAGAUUUCAUCGCACAAUCAUUGGGCAGAAAGGUGAACGGAUUCGUGAUAUCCGUAAGAAAUUCCCAGAAGUUAUGAUUAAUUUUCCUGAUCUAGCACAAAAAAGUGACAUUGUCCAACUCAGAGGGCCCAAGUAUGAAUUAGAACAGUGCACAGAAUAUUUGGAGAAUGUGGUGACAGACCUUGUAGAAAACAACUAUUCCAUUACUAUUCCCAUAUUCAAAAAGCUUCACAAGAAUAUAAUCGGAAAAGGAGGUGCAAACAUCAAAAAAAUCUGUGCAGCGAGCAACACCAAAAUUCAGCUUCCAUCAGCAGGUAGCAACUCAGAGAAUAUUGUCAUCACUGGGAAACGGGAAAACUGUGAAGUAGCGUAUAACUGGAUUCUUUCCAUUCAGAAAGAUACAGCCAAUAUUUCAGAAACAGAAAUUUCUAUUCCUUCUGAUCUACAUAUAGCCCUUAUAGAUCCCAAAAGCUGUUUGAUUGGUUCAAUCAUGGAAGAAUGUGGAGGGAUCUGCAUGCACUUUCCAAAAGACAACUCAGGUCUUCAAAGGGUCAUCAUUAAGGGCCCUACCCAAAGUGUUGAGAAGGCUAAGAAAAAGCUGCUGCAACUAGCAGAAGAAAAAGAAAGCAAGAGUUAUGCUGUGGUCCUCCAGGUCAAACCACAGUAUCACAAAUUUCUCAUGAGUAAAAAUGGUGGCAAUGUUCCUAAAAUCUGUGAUGAGACUGGAGCACAUAUCGUCUUCCCACUCCCUGAGGAUGAGAAUCAAGAACUGAUAACUAUUACUGGAAUAGAAGAGGCUGUUAAAGAUGCACAAAAGGAACUAGAAGCUCUAAUCCAAAACCUAGACAGUGUUGUAGAGGACAAUAUACUGAUAAAUCCCAAGUACCACCGUCACUUUAUCAUGAGAAGGGGCCAGGUUUUACGGGAGAUAACCGAGGAGUGUGGUGGUGUGAUUAUUAAUAUUUCAUGUUCAGGAAAAAAGAACAAUAAAGUCACAAUCAAAGGAGCAAAACCUUGCGUGGAAGCAGCCAAAAAACAGAUCCAGGAAAUUAUUGGCGACUUUCAUACCCAAGUCACAACAGAAUGUGUUAUUCCCCAGAAAUUCCAUCAUUUUGUCCUGGGACCAAUGUGUUCCCGAGUCCGACAAAUCAGUAGGGAUUAUAAUGUUCGAAUCAAAUUUCCAGACAGAGAGGAGAAUGUAGUUACUAAUACAGAGCCAGUUGUUCAGGAAGGUGAAGACAAAAUUGGGAAAAGGAACACAAAGGAGGGUAAUCCUAUUUUUCCAAGGAAAUGUGACACCAUAUAUAUAUCAGGUCGAAAGGAAAAGUGUGAAGCAGCCAUGGAAGCCCUUGUGGCUUUAAUUCCUGUUACUGUUGAAGUAGAUGUGCCCUUUGACCUUCACCGUUACAUCAUUGGUCAGAAAGGAAGUGGCAUACGUAAGUUGAUGGAGGAGUUUGAAGUUGAUAUACAAGUCUCAGCAGCUGAAUUACAGUCCAGUAGUGUUUCCAUCACUGGCCUUGCUGCAAAUGUCAAACAAGCCAAAGCUAGAUUAGAAGAACGAGUCGUAGCUUUACAAGCUGAAAUACAAGAUCGAGCAUUAAGAAAUUUUAAACUGAGCUUAACCGUAGACCCCAAAUACCACCCCAAGAUCAUUGGUCAAAAGGGUUUAGUUAUUGCUCAGAUUUGCUUAGAACAUGAAGUUACCAUCCAUUUUCCAAGUAAAGAGAGCAAUGAAACACAAGACCAAAUCAUUAUCACUGGAUAUGAGAAAAAUACCAUUGCUGCCCGCGAUGCAAUAAUGAAAAUGGUGCAUAAGUUUGAAAAAACAAUAACUAGGAAAACCCCACUAAACCACCGUGUUCAUGGCCAAAUUAUUGGGUUCCGUGGGAAGGCCAUUAAUAAAAUCAUGAAUCAAUUCCAAGUAGAUAUCCGUUUCCCUCCCAGGGAGGCCCCAGAUCCAAACUUUGUCACUGUGACUGGAGUUCGUGAUAAAGUCACAAAAGCAAUUGAUCAUAUCCUUAGUCUUGAGGAACAUUAUCUGGCUACUGCCAUAAAGCAUGAGUCUCAGCAAGAGCAUAUGAAGGGGGUCUCUCUGUGUAACGUAUCCAGUGCUGUAUUCAAGAGUUUUGCAGCAAAAGAUGCUCCCUGUACUGCAAGCACCAGUCAAAAGAUUCCUGAUAUGAGCAGUUCGGAAGAUUUUCCCAGUUUGGGGGAUCAGGUGGCUCCUAAGACUCUCCCUUAGAGAUACAAACAACAAUGAUAAAAACAAAAUUUUUUAAAAUAAAAAAACAAAUUCUUCCUGACAGCUGACUUGAAAAUGCCAUUAAAAAACUCUUCCUAAAUUGACCCAGCUGUUGAAUAAUAUACACAUUUCUUAGAACAUUUGCCUCCAACACAUUCCUGCUUGUAUAUUCCAAAAUAUGUCUCAGU